CCGUGAAUGGACCCUGCUCGGCAGCCACGACUCGAUGCUUUGACUCAACAUCUUCGUCCCACGUUCGCCAGCGCCGUGCUGCUGCAAGUCCUCACUCCCAACACCGUCUUCGUCCGACUUGUCGUCUUGCUUCACCACUGCCGCAUUGCCCUUGAAAUCCCACUUUUGCUCCUCUCGGGACCAGCACCACGCGUCGGAUCGAGUAUUCUUCACUGCGGGCUCGAGCUAGCAUCGUGUGAUCGUCAUCGCCCUCGUUAUCAAGCCUCACUCCCGCAUCUCCCCGCCGGAUCACGGAGCAGCACCCAACACACCUCGCACUCGCACCACGCCCGUCGCAUUAAACCAGCACAUCCACGUCCAUCAUGCCGUCGCAGCCUGGUAGCUCUGCGAUUGCGAUCCCGAAGCGCAAGAGAAAGCAGCACUUCCGCAACGAUUCGCACGGAGAACGCCCGGAGCCGCAGGCGGCUGAAUCACCCGCCAUUAGCGAGUCUAUGAUGAGCAGCAGCAGCGCUCGCAGCUCAUAUGAUUGCGGAGCCACGAGCCCAAGGAGCUUGGGCAAAAGCCCUGUGGGUACUGGCUCUUCGGCCGUGGCCGCUACAGUGCCGAGUCCGGUGUCGCUCACUCAGACGGAUAGAGCGAGGCGGAGGACGAGCAGCUUCUUGAGCGAGUCCCUUGCAAAGUCGGAAUAUACGAUUGUCGACAUCGGCUCUGAGGACAGUCCAAGAUUGAUCACAUGCAUCAAAACGUCCCAAGGCUUUGAUUGGAACCAAGAGCUCUUCCUCCCUUCCUAUCUCGACCACGAGUUCGAGCCUCUCGAGCGCCGACAAGAGCCCGUGAAGGACAUCGUUCUCACUGACGAGGAGGCUGCUGCAUUCCUUCCCCAGUGAGCAAUCGCUACUCGGUCAUAAAUCGGAUCGGAAAACGAGUGCUGCGACCCACUUGACUGGAUAUAUUGGACGAUGAGAGGAUCUUCUUUCUCUCACAACUGGCGUUUAGAUGUGAACGGAUUUAUUUUUAAACGAAAGGCAUGGCUUCUCAUAGAUAUAUCCCGCUUGCAACAGGCAAUGCAUGCCCACGAGGAAGAAUGGCGUUGUUAUUUUUCUCGGAACAGUUUUGUGCUUAUAGUGCUUUUUCUUGAGUUGUCCACGUAGAGACUUGAUUUAGGCUCUUGAGAUGUAAUAUCCUUCGCGCUUUAGCAUCCUUACCAUAUCUCAAUCGAAAUGUAAUAAGACGCUGAAA